AUGGGAAAUGGAGAGUCAACUCAUGAUUCUCAUACUGAUUUUUUUGGGCAACCCCCUUCCCAUGAUGGAAGUUCAGUAAAUACUAGCCAUCAAUAUCAUCAACCCCCUUCCUAUGAUGGAAGUUCAGCAAAUGCUAGCCAUCAAUAUCAUCAUCCCCCUGCUUAUGACGGAAGUUCAGUGAAUACUAGCCAUCAGUUUUAUCAACCGGAUCAAUCCUCUUCAUAUGCUGGUAGUUCGGUGAAUACCAGACAUCAACAUAAGAAGCAACCCGCAUAUAUAGCUGACAGUUUCAGUUCACUGGAUCAGGUUGUUUCUGCUUUAAGAGAAGCUGGUUUGGAAUCUUCAAAUCUUAUAAUUGGUAUUGACUUCACUAAAAGCAACGAGUGGACAGGCAAGCAUUCUUUCAACCACAAAAGCCUUCAUUAUAUUGGAAACACUCCUAAUCCAUAUGAGCAAGCGAUCUCUAUAAUUGGCCAUACUCUCUCUUCGUUUGAUGAAGACAAUCUGAUACCAUGUUUUGGAUUUGGUGAUGCAUCUACACAUGACCAGAAUGUAUUCAGCUUUUAUCCUGAUAAUCGCUAUUGCCAUGGUUUUGAGGAAGUACUUUCGCGCUACCGAGAGAUUGUGCCACACUUAAAAUUGGCAGGUCCAACAUCAUUUGCCCCUGUAAUCGACGCGGCUGUUGAUAUCGUGGAAAGAAGCAAUGGUCAAUACCAUGUUCUUGUCAUUAUUGCUGAUGGACAGGUUACUAGAAAUUCAGGUACGCCACAUGGAAAGUUUAGUCCACAAGAACAAGCAACUAUUAAUUCUAUCAUUGCUGCAAGUCACUAUCCCCUCUCAAUUAUUUUGGUUGGAGUUGGAGAUGGACCAUGGGAUGAAAUGCAGCACUUUGAUGAUAGCAUUACUCAGCGCUUAUUUGACAACUUUCAGUUUGUGAAUUUCACAAAGAUCAUGUCUGAGAACAAAGAUGCAUCAAAGAAGGAAGCAGCAUUUGCACUUGCUGCCCUUAUGGAAAUUCCAAUUCAGUACCGGAUAACCCAAAACCUACAAGUCGCCAAUGAAAAGUCAAUAAGUUAUCAACGUAAAAGGCCUUUUCCUCCGCCUAAGGAAGUAAUAGAUCGUGACAAUGCAGUUCUAGCAGUUCCAAAAUUUGAAUCACUUGACCCAUCAGCUCCACCAGCUGCGGUAGAAUCAGCAUGCCCUAUUUGCUUAACCAAUCCGAAGGACAUGGCUUUUGGAUGUGGUCAUACAACUUGCAAGGACUGUGGAGUGACAUUAUCUGCAUGCCCUAUGUGCCGGCAGCCAAUUACAACUCGCCUGAGACUAUACACUUGA